AUGCUACGACGUAUUUUAAGUAGAUCAUUCAGUAAGUUCGAGCAAUGGAAAAAAGCAGCCGACGCUGAGCUGAAGAUGAAGGAUUCCUGGAAGAAGCUAACUUGGCAUACCAACGAAGGCAUCGAAGUCAAACCUAUUUACUUUGCCGAAGAUGCAAUCCAAAUUCCAGAUGUUCCAGGCGAAUACCCAUAUAUGAGAGGUCCAUAUACGACUAUGUACACCCAUAGGCCCUGGACGAUCCGUCAGUAUGCAGGUUUCAGCACAGUUGAAGAAAGCAAUGCAUUUUACAGAGCCAAUCUUGCAGCAGGUCAACAAGGUCUCAGUGUUGCCUUUGAUUUGGCUACACACAGAGGGUAUGAUUCAGAUCAUCCUAGAGUUAAAGGUGACGUCGGUAUGGCUGGAGUGGCUAUUGACACUGUAGAAGACAUGAAAAGACUAUUUGAAGGAAUCCCACUCGGCAAUAUCAGUGUAAGUAUGACAAUGAACGGUGCAGUUCUCCCUAUUAUGGCCAUGUACAUUGUUGCAGCUGAAGAACAAGGCGUAAACCAAAAACAACUGCAAGGGACCAUCCAAAAUGAUAUUCUUAAAGAAUUCAUGGUCAGAAACACCUUUAUUUACCCACCAAAACCUUCAAUGAAAAUUGUGUCUGACAUCAUUGGCUACACUGCUGCACAUAUGCCUAAAUUCAAUUCUAUUUCUAUAUCUGGCUACCAUAUGCAAGAAGCUGGGGCUGAUAAGAAACUAGAGCUGGCUUUUACCCUUGCAGAUGGGUUAGAGUACAUCAGGUCUGCCUGCAGUGCUGGGCUGACUGUGGACCAAAUUGCUCCUCGUUUUUCUUUCUUCUUUGGAAUUGGGAUGGACUUUUAUAUGGAAAUUGCCAAGCUUAGAGCAGCCAGGCUGUUAUGGGCGAAAUUAUUGAAAGAAAAAUUCAACCCUCAAAACACAAAGUCUUUAAUCUUAAGGACCCAUUGUCAAACUUCUGGAUGGAGUCUUACAGAACAAGAUCCAUUAAAUAACAUUGUGAGAACUGCUAUAGAAGCUACCGCAUCAGUCCUAGGAGGCACCCAAUCUCUACAUACUAACUCUUUUGAUGAAGCUGUCGGACUCCCUACAGAAACUUCUGCAAGAGUCGCCAGAAACACCCAAAUUAUCCUACAAGAAGAAACUGGGAUCACCAGAGUGGUUGACCCAUGGGGCGGGUCUUAUUUUAUGGAAAAUUUGACCCAACAGCUUGCAGACGCCGCUUUAGAAGUUAUUAAUGAAGUUGAAGCUUUAGGAGGCAUGGCAAAAGCUAUUGAACAAGGUAUGCCAAAACGAAGAAUCUUAGAAUCAGCAGCCAAGAGACAAGCAAAAAUCGACUCAGGAGAAGAAGUCAUUGUAGGUGUCAACAAGUACAAAGUUAAGCAUGAAGACAAAAUUGAAGUCAGAGCUGUGGACAACGCACAAGUCAGAAAUGAACAGAUCAAGAAAAUCAACACACUGAAGGCUACCAGAGACACUGCUAAAGUAAAUCAAGCAUUAGAAGACUUAAGAAAUGCUGCUAAAACAGAGAAAGGAAACUUGCUAGAGUUCACUGUACACGCUGUAAGAGCUAGAGCUACCCUUGGAGAAAUUUCUAAAGUGCUAGAAGACGUAUAUGGAAGAUAUGCAUUAGAUGAGCGCAUUGUCCAAGGCGCUUAUUCUUCAAUUCUGACUGACGAGUUCAAAAGAGUCCAAAACAAAGUGGUAGAGUUCGAGAAAAAAGAAGGCAGAAGACCUAGAAUGCUCAUCGCAAAAAUGGGACAAGACGGCCACGACAGAGGUGCAAACGUCAUUGCGUCAGGAUUUUCUGAUAUGGGCUACGAUGUCGAUAUAGGCCCACUUUUCUCAACACCUGAAGAAAUCGCUUUGCAAGCUUUGGACUCUGAUGUCCACAUAAUUGGAGUCAGCUCUCUGGCUGCUGGACAUUUAACUUUGGUCCCUGACCUUAUUAAAUGCUUAAAAGAAAAAGGGAUGAAUGACGUGCUAGUUGUAGUUGGAGGAGUUAUCCCUCCAAAGGAUUAUGACGCUCUCUAUUCAGCUGGAGCUCACUUUAUUUUUGGACCAGGCUCAUCAGUUGCCCACUGCGCCGAAGUUUUAGUUGACAGGCUGAUGAAAAAGAACUAA